AUGGAAAUCCCCCGGGCACCCUCUCCCCGGGAAGUUCUCCGGUGUUACCCCAGCGCCCCUAGGGCUACACCUCCCCCCGCCGGCCCUGAGCCAGACCCAACUGGGGACCGCGCGCAGCCAGGUCGAGCCCCGGGCAUCCCCGCGGUGCGCAGACUGGCGGGUGUGGGGGCGGUGACCGGCGUCCAGGUCUCCGGGGUCCAAGCGUCUCUGGUCAAGUGCAACACCCUCCCCUGCCUGCGCUCACCGCCCGGGAUCUACCAGUCGCCGCCGUCGGGCUCCCUGGAGGUCGCGCGCCCCUGGCCUCCCGCCGCCUCUGCCGCGUUCCCCCGCGAGCUGGGGCCGCACCUGUGCCCGCCGCCGCCGCCGCCGCUCGCCCGCUCCCUUCGGCUGUGCCGGCGCCGCUCCGAACCCCACACACAUCGCUACACACAGCCCUCUGACGUCACCGUGCCCUCGGCCCGCCCACGUCACUGCGGAGACACACGGCUUCCCGCAGACGCCGCCGCCGUCUCCGGCCGCCCGCGGGAGAGCGAGGGCGGCGGGGAGGGGGAGGGGGAGGGAACCGAGCCAGCGGCGGCCCCGCGCACGCGAGCCCGCCGGCGUCGCCGCCCCCUCGCGGCUCCGAGUCCCUUCGGGGACGCGCGCGCCGUCUGGCCUAUUGUGGCUCCUCAGGGAUCCCCCCCUCCCCGCUCUGUCCCCCCGCGCGCGCGCGCGCGCCCCAACCCUCAGGCGCGCGCCCGGCGCUCCUGGCCCAGCGCGCCGUCUGGGCGGCUGGCGCGCGGCGCUGUCUGCGGUGCACCCGGCGCAGACAGGAUGUUCCCUCCCCGCCCCACCCCCACCGCCGCCCUCCCUCCUUCCUUCCUCGAGUCGCCCAGCCGGCUGUCUGGGGCCGCCACAGCCCCACCCCCGCCCCACCCGCGGCUCUGUGGUGACGGGCCAGACCCGGGGGCGCCCUGGCCGCUCGGCCGUCGCGCGACAGGGAGGGAGGGGGCAGGGCGGCCUCUGGGUGCACUGUGCGCGACCCCAGCAGCCGGCCGGGCGGAGGCAGAGCGCCGCUGCCCGAGGUCAGGCGUGGGCGACCCUCCCCCCGCGGACCGCAGCUGGGCCGCCCCGCCCCGGAGGUAG